AUGGCCUUUCUUGAUCUCUUGGAUCUAGUCGGUGGACUGGGGAGAUUUCAGAUCCUUCAGACUGUUUUCUUUGUCAUUGCAACCAUUUUAGCUUAUCCACAUCUGCAGCUGGAGAACUUCACUGGAGCCGUUCCUGAGCAUCGCUGUUGGGUCCCACUCCUUGACAAUCACGCUGUCUCUGACAAUGACACUGGACUCCUCAGCCAAGAAGCUCUCCUAAGAGCUUCCAUCCCUCUGGACUCAGACCUGACGCCAGAGAAGUGCCAUCGCUUCAUUCAUCCACAGCGGCAGCUCCUGCAUCUGAACGGGACCUUCCCCACUGUAAGCGAAUCUGACACAGAACCCUGUAUGGAUGGCUGGGUGUAUGACCAAAGCUCCUUCCACUCUACCAUCGUGACAAAAUGGGACCUGGUAUGUGCGUCACAAUCACUAAACUCAGUGGUCCGAUUCUCUGUCAUGACUGGGAUGCUCCUGGGAGGCGUCUUCUGCGGCCAUUUAACAGAUAAGUUUGGGAGGAAGUUAAUGCUCAGAUUCUGCUUCCUGUUGUUGGGCAUUGCUGGCACCUGUACCGCCUUUUCUCCCACCUUCCUCAUUUACUGCUUACUUCGCUUCUUGUCUGGGAUGGCUACCUCAGUCAUCAUAUCAAAUAGUUUUUUGCUCCUUCUAGAAUGGACAUUGCCCCAGUUCCAAGCCAUGGGAGUUAUACUGGUAACCAGUGCUGGAAGUAUUGGACAGAUAGCUCUGGGUGGCCUGGCUUUUUUCGUCCGUGAGUGGCACAUCCUCCAAAUGGUGUUUUCUGUGCCAUUUCUCAUCUUCUUUCUGUCCUCAAGGUGGCUGGCAGAAUCUGCUCGCUGGCUGAUCAUUACCAACAAACCGGAGAAGGGGCUGAAGGAGCUCAGGGAAACUGCACGCAGGAAUGGGAAGAAUGUGGAAGACACCUUAACCAUAGAGGUCGUGAGAUCCACCAUGAAGGAGGAGCUGGUGGCUGCACAGAUAAAACCUUCUGUGUGUGACUCGUUCCAAACACCCACCCUGCGGAAACGGAUCAUACUCUUGUCCUUUGUGAGAUUAUCAAACAUCAUGCUCUUUAUUGGCCUAAAUGUCCACCUGCAGCAUUUGGGGAGCAAUAUUUUCCUGUUGCAAGGCCUGUUUGGGGUAGCGAACCUCCUGGGUAAUUUUGUUGCACUGCUGGCACUGAACCGCUUAGGCCGUCGGGGAAGCCAGGCCACGUUCUGCUUCACUCUGGGGAUCUGCGUUCUGGCCCUCACAAUAGUGCCCCAAGACAUGGAGAUCCUGCGUAUGGCUUUGUCAACUUUCGGAGGAGGACUUUCCAGUGCAGCUACCAGCAGUUGUGUUACCCAUGGAAAUGAACUUCUUCCCACAGCAAUCAGAGCAACAGCCUUAGGAAUCAUUUCAAUCGCCGGUAGCAUCGGGGCUGCCCUGGCUCCUUUGAUAAUGAUUGUAAGGAUUUACUAUGUGCCCUUGCCAUGGAUCAUCUAUGGAGUCUGCUCCAUCCUCUCUGGCCUUGCUGUGCUGCUGCUUCCUGAGACCAAGAACCAGCCCCUACCUGACUCUAUCCAGGAUCUGGAGAAUCAGUGA